AUGGAGUUCCAAGGUGACAAUAGAGAAGGGCUUAGCAGAGUUUCCGAGGAAAACCUCAAUAUCCUUAUUAUGGAAAUGUUUUUUGCAGGAUCCGAGACCACAAGUAACUCGAUCGAGUGGCUAAUGUCAGAGCUACUAAACCACCCCAAUUGCAUGAUGAAGUUGAAAGAUGAGCUCGAUAGAAUAGUGGGAAGGGGAAGAAAAAUAGAAGAAAGCGAUAUCGAUAAACUCUCAUAUUUGCAAGCGUGUGUGAAAGAAGCCUUAAGAUUGCACCCUCCACUACCCAUGCUCCACCCAAGGAAUUCAAUGGAAGACACGAAUUACAAUGGCUACUUCAUACCCAAAGGCACACAAGUCUUAGUAAAUGCCUAUGCAAUAGGGAGAGAUCCUGAAGUAUGGGAUGACCCCUUGGAUUUUAAACCCGAGAGGUUCCUCGACAAGAACAUAGAGCUAGUUGGUCAACAUUUUGGGUUGAUUCCUUUCGGGGCGGGCAGAAGGAUAUGUAUGGGUUAUGCUUUGGGACAAAGAGUGCUUCAUCUUGUCACCGCGACUCUUAUCCACACGUUCGACUGGAAAGUAGGAGAUUCGACAACUCCUGGGAUGAUUGACAUGAACGAAAAGAUGGGGAUAACAGUAAGAAAAUUGAUUCCCUUAAAAAUCAUACCUACGAAACGAGUACUCUAA